UACAUUGAGUUUUUGGUUUUCUUCAUCGCAGCUGUCCAGUCAAUUCGCUGCUACUCCCAUGGGUCUCAUGAGACAGACGAGGAGUUCGAUGCUCGCUGGGUGACAUACUUUAACAAGCCGGAUAUCGAUGCCUGGGAAUUGCGCAAAGGGAUGAACACACUCGUUGGGUAUGAUCUGGUUCCAGAGCCAAAAAUCAUCGAUGCUGCUUUACGAGCAUGCAGACGCCUAAACGAUUUUGCUAGUGCUGUUCGCAUCCUAGAGGCUGUUAAGGACAAAGCAGGACCUCAUAAGGAAAUCUACUCCUAUGUCAUCCAGGAACUUAGACCAACUUUAAAUGAACUGGGAAUCUCCACUCCAGAGGAGCUGGGCCUUGACAAAGUGUAAACGCCCACAGGCGGGCUUCCCAAGGAUUUAUUGGUAUUGCUACUUGCUUGUCAACAGUCACCUGGAAAUACUGAAGAUAACAUAAUUACCUUUUUGAACCCGUUUUCCUUUAUUGAGUACCAAACCAUGUAAGAAUAACUUGUGUCUUAAUAAAAGGGAAACGAGUUUCAACUGAA